AAAAAAAAAAAAGAGCACUGACUUUCGUGUAACCAAACGGCCCAAUGCAAAUCCAUCCCCGAAUGCUCAUCAACAACGAGUGUGCAAGCAUCCGGACCGAAAUACGCACGCAUUACACGGAUGCAACCCAAACCCAACACGGCAAGUCGCGGCCCACCGUAUUCUCUAUCUCUCUACGCGUAUAUAUGCAUACGCGCCCCUCCCAUCCUCUACACGUACGGUUACACAAAUCCAUUUCCCAAAAGAAUUCAAAAUUUAAAACGUACAUACCACGCAGCAGCUAGCGCGCGCGCUAUAGCUUUUCCCUCCAACACACAAGUACGUAUCUCCCAUGGCGGCGGUGACGCCGGACGAGCACGAGCGGCAGCAGGACGGCCACUGCAGGGCCAGGGUGAACCUGCGGCCGGCGGCGGCGCGGCCGUUCGGCGCGGCGGCGCGGGCGGCGCUGAAGGACACGCUCUUCCCCGACGACCCGUUCCGCGGGCUCGGCGGGAUGCCGCCGGCGCGGCGCGCGUGGCGGGUGGCGAGGUACUUCGUGCCGGCGCUGGACUGGGGCGCGGGGUACUCCGCGGCGAGCUUCUGGUACGACCUCCUCGCCGGCGUCACCAUCGCCAGCCUCUCCAUCCCGCAGGGCAUCAGCUACGCCACCCUCGCCGGCAUCCCGCCGGUCAUCGGCCUCUAUUCGUGCUUCGUGCCGCCGCUGGUGUACGCGGUGAUGGGGAGCUCGAGGAACCUCGGGGUGGGGCCGGUGGCGACGUCGUCGCUGCUGGUGGCGUCCAUCGUCGGCGGCAAGGUGAGGGCGUCCGACGACCAGCGGCUGUACACGCAGCUCGUCUUCACGUCGGCCUUCUUCACCGGCGUCCUGCAGGCGGCGCUCGGGCUCCUCAGGCUGGGGAUCCUGGUGGAUUUCAUGUCGCGGCCGGCGAUCACCGGGUUCAUGGGCGGCACGGCGAUCGUAAUCAUGCUGCAGCAGCUCAAGGGCUUCCUCGGCAUGACGCACUUCACCACCAAGACCGACAUCGUCUCCGUCCUCCGCUACAUCUUCCACAACACGCACCAGUGGCAGUGGCAGAGCACGGUUCUUGGCGUCUGCUUCCUCAUCUUCCUCGUCUUCACCGAGCAAGUGAGGCGACGGCGGCCGAAGCUGUUCUGGGUGUCAGCGAUGUCUCCUCUGUUAGUGGUCGUCGUAGGAUGCGUCUUCUCGUUUCUGAUCAAAGGCCACAAGCAUGGCAUCCCUAUAGUUGGUACUCUGAAGCGUGGCAUCAACCCGAGCUCGAUAUCACAGCUCAAGUUCCAGCCGGAGUACGUCGGCGUCGCCAUGAAGGCCGGGUUCGUGUCAGGGAUGCUCGCCUUAGCGGAAGGCGUCGCCGUCGGCAGGAGCUUCGCGGCGAUGAAGAAAGAGCGCAUCGACGGCAACAAGGAGAUGGUCGCCUUCGGCCUCAUGAACCUCAUCGGCUCCUUCACCUCCUGCUACAUCACCACCGGUGCGUUCUCGAAGACGGCGGUGAACUACCACGCCGGGUGCCGGACGGCGAUGUCGAACGCGGUGAUGUCGGUGUGCAUGGCGCUGGUGCUGGUCGCGCUGGCGCCGCUGUUCCGGCACACGCCGCUGGUGGCGCUGGCGGCCAUCAUCACCAGCUCCAUGCUCGGGCUGGUCAAGCACCGCGAGAUCCGGCGCCUGUACGAGGUGGACAAGGCCGACUUCGCCGUCUGCGCCGCCGCGCUCCUCGGCGUCGUCUUCUCCACCAUGAUCACCGGCCUCGGCGUCGCCGUGGCCAUCUCCGUGCUCAGGGCGCUCCUGCACGUGGCGCGCCCGUCGACGAGCAAGCUCGGCCGCGUGUCCUGCGGCUCCGGUGCCGGCGCCGCCGACGACGACCACGCCUUCUGCGACGUCGCGCAGUACCCCGGCGCGGCGACCGCGCCCAGCAUUCUCGUCCUCCAGGUCGCCGGCUCGCCGGUCUGCUUCGCCAACGCCGAGUACCUCCGGGAGAGGAUCGCGCGGUGGGUGGAGGACGAGGAGAAGGCCGUCGCCGGCGAGGACCUGCUCUACGUCGUCCUCGACAUCGGCGGCGUGACGGCGAUCGACAGCCCCGGGAUCGAGAUGCUGCGGGAGGUGCACGGCGAGCUGGAGAGGAAGGGGAUGAAGAUGGCGGUGACGAACCCGAGGAUGGCGGUGGCGGAGAAGCUGGUGCUGUCCGGGCUCGCGGAGCUCGUCGGCGAGAGCUGGAUGUUCCUCUCCAAUGGCGACGCCUUGGCCGCGUGCCGGUACACGCUCCAGGGCUCCAAGCACGGCGGCGUCCCUCCGGUGUAGAUCUCGACUCUCGAGGCCGCUGGAUCGGUACGCGCGUCAGUAUAUGUACAGCACACAUGCGUAUGUGCGCUGUACUGUACGUAUUACUAACACAUUGUGAUUUGAAAAGUACUUGUAUAAGUUUUCAUAAAUAUUACGGAACGAUAAUAGCGUAUCAUGAUCAUAUAACUAUAAUUAGGAAGGUGGCCCACGCACAUGCGCGGACACUUAUAUUAUUAUAUUAUUGAAAGGUAAGUUUAUUGUUUGUUAAAAAAUUUUGCCUAAUAAAUUAAGGGCAAACUAACGUUCGGAUAA